AGCAGAAGCCAGCACCAUGUUUCCUGUCCAGUCUGCAGAACUGGAAGCGGCACAGCACCAGCUAGGCAGAGACGCCCCAGGCCAUGUCAGAGCUUUGAGUGAGGCCUGGUAACAGGGAGGCACUGUCACCUACUGGCCUUGCCAAUCCAGCUCCAAGAUGCUGAGCCUGAAGCUCCCCAGGCUGUUUAGCAUAGACCAGAUACCCCAGGUGUUCCAUGAGCAAGGCAUCCUGUUCGGCUACCGCCAUCCACAGAGUUCUGCCACUGCCUGCAUCCUCAGCCUUUUCCAAAUGACCAAUGAGACUCUCAACAUUUGGACUCACUUGCUGCCCUUCUGGUUCUUUGCAUGGAGGUUUGUGACUGCACUGUAUGUGACAGACAUCAAGAAUGACAGCUACUCCUGGCCAAUGCUUGUGUACAUGUGCACCAGCUGCGUGUACCCGCUUGUGUCCAGCUGUGCGCACACUUUCAGCUCUAUGUCCAAGAAUGCCCGGCACAUUUGCUACUUCCUGGACUAUGGUGCCGUCAACCUCUUCAGCCUGGGCUCAGCCAUUGCCUACUCUGCAUACACGUUCCCGGAUGCGCUGAUGUGCACCACCUUCCAUGACUACUACGUGGCCCUGGCUGUUCUGAACACCAUCCUCAGCACAGGCCUCUCCUGCUACUCCAGGUUUCUUGAAAUCCAGAAGCCCAGACUCUGUAAGGUGAUUCGUGUCCUCGCCUUUGCUUAUCCGUACACCUGGGACUCCCUCCCCAUCUUCUACAGGCUAUUCCUGUUCCCAGGGGAGAGUGCACAAAAUGAAGCCACCUCGUACCACCAGAAGCACAUGAUCAUGACCCUCCUGGCCUCUUUCUUGUACUCUGCACACCUGCCAGAACGCCUAGCCCCUGGACGCUUUGACUACAUCGGUCACAGUCACCAGCUGUUUCACGUGUGUGUGAUCCUGGCCACGCACAUGCAGAUGGAAGCCAUACUUCUGGACAAGACUCUGAGGAAGGAAUGGCUCCUGGCCACCUCCAAGCCCUUCUCUUUCUCUCAGAUAGCUGGAGCCAUACUUCUGUGCAUCAUCUUCAGCCUCAGCAACAUAAUUUAUUUCUCAGCUGCUCUGUAUCGGAUUCCCAAGCCAGAAUUACAUAAAAAAGAAACAUGACUCAGAUCAUAAGCUUUUCAUGCCAGAUGUCUACAUUAAGCUGCAACACCCUAACCACCAUAAGCCGGAGGUGGUUACAGCUUAUCAUGGCCUAAAACAUUCAUGAUGAUUGGUGUCUUCUGAAUAAAUUCAUGUCAAAAACGUAUUCAGCUGGGGAAAUUUCUCUAAAUGUACACUGAUUCUGUGUGUGUGAUUUUAAAAGGAGAAAUGGUUCAAGCAAGUCCUUGUUAAGGCAAACUAUUGAUAUUUCAUUAAUUUUAAAUUUACUUAAAAUGGAGUUUUUAAUUCUAUUUAAACAAUUGGAUUAAGCAUAUUACCUUGGAGCUUUGUAUUAUUCUUUAAAAAUGAGUCUUGCUUCAUUUGAUGAAUUUGAUGUCACAAAGCUUCUCUCAAGAGCUCUCGUAGUGGCCUCUCAACUACUUUGGGAGAAUGAGCCAUGUCAGUCACUGGGAGGACCUGUGAAAGAAAGUUGGUCACUGAGCGCCUUGGGGACUGGCAAAACAUUCCAGAAUGAAGAGAGCUGUUUGGGGAGAGACCUUCUUCCCUUCUCCACCUAAUGAAGGGAGAACAGAAGGGGAGUCUUCUCUUCCCACAAGUCCAUUCUGCCUUCAAAGUACAAGUUCUCAUGUCAUUAUGGAUUUGGAGUUUGUCAGUUUUUUUCUUAAAAGUCCACAGCGGGGUGUCAUGUGUUCUGUUAUGUUCUGUUUUCUGGUUGCCAGUUUGAUCUGCAAAGUAUUUUUCGGUGCAGGUAAAAUGUGUUAAACCAUAAGAGUUGACUGAGUUAAUCCCAGUUGGUUGUGCUCAUAUGCCACUUUUUAAACCAAUGGAAAUUGCUAUAUUUGGGGAUGUCAUACAUUUGAUAUUGCUUCAGCAUUUCAAAUAUGUUGCAAAAUUUAGUAUCCAUAUGCGUAAGAAGUUAAUUACAUUGCCAGCGGGGUGGUCACAUAUAGUGUUCUCAAGCUUUACUGUGAAUCAGAAACAUCUAGUAAGCUUGUGACAAAUGCAGACUCCUGGGGAAAACCAGGGGGUUCUGCUUCACUAGGUUAAAUGUAGGUUUUGUAGAGGAGAUCUGCACUGGAGCAAGUCUCCCAGAUGAUUCUAAUACAGGAGGGCCAGAGGCCAAACUUGAAGAACUGCUGGUGUUACACGUUCCAAAAGGCAUUGGACCUAUCAGCUUUGUUUCGCCUGAUCUCAAGUUUUAGCAACUCACCAACUAAGGCGUAACCCCCAUUUUAUGUUCCAGAGUUUUCUACUCUGAAUAGUUCUAAAACACUGAGCAUUUUCUCAUUUGUUGCAUUACUGAUUAAAGUUCAGUAUUUCAUGGUGUUUUCAGGGAACACAGAAAUGUAGAUGCAAAACAACUUUUGACAGAGGCCCAUCAAACCCUGAUCUGCACUUGGUAAUGACUUACGGGGGCUUCCUCACAAUGCAGGAUCCUCUUUGCUGACUCAGGAAUACUCCAUAUUUUAGACUACUGCCUCUAACAUUAACUAGCCCAGACAUUUGAAUGGCCUUGUAAACAGCUCACUGUCUAAUCCUCUAAGGACAAGUAACAAUUUAUAUUGGAUGAGAGUGGUCAAGAAAUAUGAUUUCAUUAGUUUUAUCUGUUUACUUCCUCUGGGGAAGGCAGACUGAUAAAAUUAUACGGGCUGGUAAAUUUUUGGUAUAUUAGUUGCAAGCUGUAUGACAAAAUUUGUUUUUUUUUGGCAACAAUCUGACAUUAUUAGUGGAAUUCCACACCAACAGGACCUGUGGGCUUCCAUUUCAUCUUACCAUAACUUCAAUUUUAUGGCAAAAAAAGGUACAAAGUUUAAAUACCCCUUUCUAGUAAUGCCAAAGACAUACAGUGUUUUACAUUCUCUCCUUUACAGAUAACAAAAUAAUGUUUAGCUCAGUAAGUACUGAAAUAAUGAGUGAUCAAUUUGAAGGAUUUUUAGAUUAUUUAAUCUUUGCUUAUGUUGCUUUUUCACAUGCUUAAUGAUGAAAAUGAAAUGUUAAAUCAACAAAAUAAGAUUCAGUGUUUCAUAACAUUUUUAUAAGUUUGGUAAACUUUAGUCCCAUUAUAUACUUUUGGGGACAGUGUUAUAAAUCAGAAUUUUACGACAGUUUGCAGCACACUGAUUUGAAAGCUUCCUGUGCAAAAUGAGAAAGGGUUCAAAUAUAUUAAUUAUCAUUAAGUAUUAAAUAAUAGGCAUUAGAUGUCUAAUGUGAGUAUAAUUUCAUCCAAGCCAUCUCAGAAAGUCUAAAAGGUUGGCAGGGGGUCAGCUGAAGACCUCACUGGAGUGGGUCUCAAUUUUUAAAAAGACAUGUGACACAUUCCCAUUGGUAACAAUUGCUCACCAUGGCAUUGUCUCAAAAAAGACUAUGGUGGGGAGGGUGGCACAUUCCUAAUGGGAUGUACCUCUCCCUGCUCCCCUUGCUUGAGAAGCACUACUCAAAAAUUUACCAGACCUUACAACUGCAAUAAAACUUGAAUGUAUAUGAAUAAGGCCAUUCAGUUAACUUUAGCUCCCUUUACCCAUUGAAGGGGUUCCUUUUCCAUUGCUCAGUUUUUAGAAAAUAAUUCUCAUCUUUUUUCUAAAGAAAUGAAUUUGUGGCUGGUCUGAAGGUAGUGAGUUACCUCAAUUGAUUGUUCACAGUCAGUUACAGAUCAAGCUCCUUGUUCUACUCUUCCCCUCUUCUCACUACUGCACUUGACUAGUCUUAAAAUAAAGAAAGAACGAAUGAAUGAAUGAAUCUGUGGCUGGAUGCAGCGGCUCAUGCCUGUAAUCCCAGCAGUUCGGGAGGCUAAAGUGGGAGGACUGCUUGGGCCCAAGAAUUCGGGACCAGCCUGGGCAAUAGAGCCAGACACUGUCUCUAUAAAAAAAUGUUAAAACUAGCUGGUUGUGGUGGUGCACACCUGUGGUCCCAGCUACUGUGGAGGGUGAUGUGGGAGGACUGCUUGAACCCAGGAGUUGGAUGCUGCAGUGAGCUAUCAUUGCACCAUUGCACUCCAGACUGGGCAACAGGGCAAGACCCUGCCUCAAAAGAAAAAAAAAAAGAAUUUGUAAUUGUUGGUAGGAUGUUGUGGGAAAUUCAGAGGCCUUCUGUAUAUAAAGCAGUUUAAAUACUUGGUCUGCUGAAGUGUUGCUCCCCGCCCUGCCCCGCCCAGCAGAACCUUGCUCAAAUGAGAGGUUCUGAGGAAGGUGGGGUGGAAUAGAAUGGCAUUGUCAGAUAUGUUCAAGAAACCCUUCAUUUGACACUAUUUUGUACCUUAUGGUACCCUUUAAAUUUUUUUAAUUAAAAAAAUAUUUUUUGAGACAGGGUCUUGUUCUGUUGCCCAGGUUGGAGUGUAGUGUUGCAAUCUUGGCUCACUGCAACCUCUGCCUGACAGGCUUCAGUGAUCUUCCCACCUCAGCCUCCUGAGUAGCUGGGACUACAGGUGCAUGCCACCAAGCCUGGCUAAUUUUUUGUAGAGAUGGGAUUUUGCCAUGCUGCCCAGGCUGGUUUAGAAUGCCUGAACUCAAGUGAUUUGUCUGCCUCAGCCUCCCAAAGUGCUGGGAUUACAGGCAUGAGCCACACUGCACCCAGUCCAUGAUACCCUUUUAUAUGAAACACCUAUUAACACUGUACAACAACACUUCGAAACAUAUUAUUUGAAUGUCGGCCUCUGAUUUUCUAGUCAACAAUCCAUUAAGGCAAAGACCUGUUUCCAAACUCAGAUGUUCUCCAACUUACACUAAUGUCUGGUUUUCUUGAACUAUGUUAGAGAAAAAAAUAAACAGAAUUUAUUUGUUAUCA